GGCGGAAAUUGCCGGUGUUUGAAAAUUUCACUACAACCCGAUUAUCUCAUUAAAUUUUAGUUAGAAAUUUUGUAAUUUUAUCCUUAAUUUAAACACGAUGCAGACGAACGAUAUUCUUAAUACAAUUAAACGAUUUGAUGCCUACCCCAAAACGCUGGAAGAUUUUCGAGUUAAAACUCUUGGAGGUGGCGCAGUUACUGUUGUGAGUGGCUUACUCAUGUUCUUGCUUUUUGUAUCAGAAUUGAGCUACUACUUGUCAGUCGAUGUUUCUCCAGAGUUAUUUGUUGAUACGGCAAGAGACCAAAAGACAAGAAUCAACAUGGCUGUGUAUUUUCCAAAGUUGCCUUGUGUUUAUAUAAGUAUUGAUGCAAUGGAUAUAUCUGGUGAACAACAGAUUGAUGUUGACCACAAUGUUUUCAAGAGAAGAAUGGACGAACAUGGGAAUCCUAUUGAUAAUCAUGAAGGAGAAAAAGGAGGAUUGGGAGAUAAAAGUGAAGAAGCCAAAGAAAUAUUGAAGCUUGACAAAGACAGAUGUGAAAGUUGUUAUGGCGCAGAGACGAUUGAAAAACCGUGUUGCAAUACCUGCGCUGAGGUGCAGGAUGCGUAUCGGAAGAAAGGAUGGGCCCUUAAAGAUGCUGACUCAAUUUCACAGUGUUCUCGUGAAGGAUGGAAAGUUAAACUGGAGGCCCAGAAGAAUGAAGGUUGUGAAGUCCAUGGUUAUCUUGAAGUUACUAAGGUCGCAGGAAAUUUUCACUUUGCUCCAGGAAAGAGUUUUCAACAACAACAUAUUCAUGUGCAUGAUUUGCAACCCUUUGGUGGUCACCAGUUUAAUCUAACACAUCACAUCAGACAUCUAUCCUUUGGUGAAAAAUACCCAGGGAUUAAAAACCCUCUGGAUGAUAAUUUAGUUAUUUCAGACAAAGCUGGAAGUAUGUACCAGUAUUUUGUCAAGAUUGUGCCAACGGUUUAUAAGAAGCUCAAUGGCGAGGUUCUUCAUACUAACCAGUUUAGUGUAACUAAACAUCGUCGAACGGUGAAGCAAGUCACGGGAGCAAAUGGUCUUCCAGGGGUGUUUGUUUUGUACGAGUUCUCUCCAAUGAUGGUUCAGUAUACUGAAAAGAGACGAUCAUUCAUGCAUUUUUUAACCGGUGUUUGUGCUAUCAUUGGGGGAAUAUUUACUGUGGCUGGUCUUGUUGACUCAUUCAUUUAUCAUUCCUCAAAAGUCCUAAAAGAGAAGAUUGAGCUGGGAAAAGCUGGAUGAUUCGGUUGAUUUGAGGCAGGAAUUCAGGUUGAAAAGAAUAUUUAAUAAACGCUAUGGCUGGUUGGUUCAAUUCAUCUUUUCAACAAAUGAUUAUUAAUGGAUGAAUUGAAUCAAUCAACUGCAGAACAAAGAAUGUAAAAAAAUUUUCGUAAAUUUGUAGCGAUGUUGGAUAAAAUAUAACAUAUUUGAAGAUAACCCAGCGCUGCCUGGAUCUGUUCAGAAACCACCUGAAAUGCAUUUCACCUCUCAGCUUCUUGUAUAUUUUAGGCAGUAAAUAAAAUAGGUCCAUUUAUAUAUAUUUUGCAUCAGUUAAACUAUAUAAUGCUUAAUCCAAUCCUUUAAGGUUUGGUUUUUGGAUAAGGAUUAUGGUCUGAUUUAGGAUUAAAGAAGUAAGGAUUAUAUUCUUGGAUUCUGGACAUGGAU